AUGUGGCAAGCCCAAGUUGGAGAGUCGACUCUCCCGGAAGCUGCCAAAACCGUUUCUUCCGGCCAGGGUGAAAGGAAGAUUCAUGUAGCGGAUAAGCGAGCCAAGAGGCUUGCUUUGGGAUCCUCCAAUGUGCCUUCUCCAUCUUCAAUGAGCUUCAGAGUUUUAGCCGGUAGCUUUGCUAAACCGGAAAAGGAUAUUCGGAUUGGUCUUGUCGGUGCAGAGAUCGUCAGGCUUCUUGCAAAUCAUCCGCAUUUCGGCGUCACUCUGAUGACUGCAUAUAGAAAAGCUGGACAGUCAAUGGAAAGCGUCUUCCCGCACCUCAAAGGUCAAUUUGAUCUCAGUGAAGGGUGCAUACUUUUCUACUGUGGAUGUUGUAUUCUACUGUUUGCCUCACGGAACAACCCAGGACGUGGUGCUAAGGAGGCGAAUCUUUACUCUGAGAUAGCUGAAGGCAUUUCUUCUUACGGUGUCACACGCAUUGCCAUGUUCCUGAAAUUGAACAAGGAUUAUCUGAUGUUGCCCGAUCAAAAGUAA